GCAAUCUUACUGCGGCGAAUGCUGGUGUGAAAUUCUGAGCUUCUCCAAACAUACGGCUAACUACGAAGGCGCCAUGAUGCGCUAUACCUUUCUGCUAUUGACUCUGUCAAUGUACUACGUCCAGCCGUUGUUCCUGGAUGCGACCGAUGAAAGACUGCAUCUCUACGACUCCAAACAGGAUUUAAGAAACGAAGUGCUACGACCGAACAUUCCAGUAGUAGGAAAUAGUGACCCGCGGCGGAGUGAAGAUGAAUAUUACGACAAUGAAGAGACUGAUGAUAAGUAUGACGCCAAGCCAACAAGAUACUCGAAGUUUAGAUCCCUAAAGACUGAUAGACCGGAUUCUCAAGAGACGGAAAGAGCAGGUGACUACCGCCCUGACAGCUAUCUUGAUUAUGCCGUCAUGCCAUCCAACGACUUAGGACUUCAACUUGUCUUGUCUGUCAUUACGACAAAUGACAAUAAUUCAGGGGAAAGAUACCGUCGACCGUUCCUGUUUUCACCCUCCGAACUGUUGACGGCACAGGGCCCGUCGUUGUCGCGGCAGUUUAGUGACGACGUUGGCCAUAUGCCCGUGUUUGACCCCCGAAUGAUUCGCGAUGUAUUCCCGUUUUCAAGCAGACGCGACAAUGCCUUCAGGCGCGAGUGGUCCCAGCCCCGAAUCUUCCCCGACAGGCCGUCCAUAGUGGACAUCCCGGCAGAUCCAUACCAGUUAAUGACAUCUGAGGAGUUUCUACCGCAGGUGCUAGGCGCACCAAUGCGGCAACCGUUGGAGGGAUAUGAAGGCGAGCAGCUUUUGGCUCGUGACGUUCACGAUAUCUUUCCGUUUGCGAGCAGGCGAGGCAAUGCGUACAGACGCGACUGGGCCUUGUCCCGAAGCCAUCCCGACAGGGAAAUGGCACUAGGGGCCGCGCCGGUAGCACCAUACCCGGUAAUGGCAUAUGAAGACAUUUUACCAGAGGCGCUAGCUCCACCAGCGCAGCAGUAUCAAGGCGAGCAGGUCUUACGCACCGAGGUUCCUGCCAUCCUUCCAUUUCCACCCAGUGGUUACAGUGACGCCAUUGACGUGCCACACCGCGACAGUGACGAUAAUACGCAGCGACCCGGAGCAUCUCUACGCACGCACCAGUUUCCACGUUACGACGUCUUUGCGCCGGACUCCUUGAGGGAGCAAUUUCAGCUUCGGGGAAUGCAGCAACAGCGAUACAGGACGGCUCGUGAUAGAUACCCCUUCUUAGGCGAGCGAGGCAACGCAUACAGACCCACACGGGACCAUGACGAGCCGGAGCCAGAGCAGGAAGAACAAAAUCUAUCUGAGGAAGAAGCCAGUUAUGGCCAGGAUAUGGCUUCCGCGUACGCACAGGCUAACGCCGAGCAGCAGCAGCUACGGAUACCUGACCGAGAAGAUAUGCACAGACGGUUUCCGUUCCUAAGCAGACGCGGGAAUGCAUACAGACGCGAUUGGGCGCUCAACGGUGAGCAACGGGAACACGAACCAAAGCGAGGCCCAGCUCCCGAAAACAGACUAGCGGACCAUCAAACCCUGCCACAAGCUGAUCGCGUAUAGCUGAUUCCCAAACACCAAUGAAUACUAUAUAUACUCAUAUAAAAGGGCCAACUACACUGGCCGCUUCCCUAUCUAAACUGUUAAAUUCGCGUGGGUGAUUUAAUAUGUGUGUAAUUAUCAUAGCAGCGGUAUAAUUCGGAUAUAUGCUAAACAUGUACGUCCGAUUCGCUCGCUUCGAGUCGAUAAUGUUAAUAACGGUUUUAAAAAAGAACACUUUAUGCAAACGAGCAUCCGUAAAUUAAAACCGCACAGCGUUGUGGGACAUUGUGUAAAGGAAAUCACAUGUUCAGGGGAAAUUCAUGCGUUCGUUAAUUCGGAUGCAAAUCGCAUUAGAAUGCUCUUGCGGAGUAGUCUAUGGUUUCCUUUCAUCGCUACGUUGUUAUCGCGACAACUCGCGCCAUCGUACCUGGCACGGCGUUGAAUAUCACGGAGAGUCGGGCGCAAAUAUUUCACAGCGCAAUGAAUUGAAAUUAUUAUCGCCAGCGCGCGAACGCACGAGUUUUAUAUUGCUGAAUCGUAUACAGAUAAGCAUGCAUAUGAAUAAUAAAUAUAAGGUUUAUGUCGCAUAAUGUAUAAUAAAAUAUUUUUAUAAUAAUGA